AUGUCCGACGCCGCCCAGGCCGCCGCUCCUGUCACCGAGAACGGUGUCCCGCCCGCCACCCAGGAUCAGGUCGUAGAGGAGGCUCCCGGCCACAAGGUCUUUGCCGGCAACCUCGCCUACGCCACCACGGACGACGGGCUCAAGGCAUUCUUCGCGCCGGUCGAGAGUGAGAUCCUCUCCGCGCAGGUCAUUAUGCGCGGCACCCGCUCUGCGGGCUACGGCUUCAUCGCCCUCAAGACGGCUGAGGCCGCCGAGAAGGCCGUUGCCGAGCUCGACAAGAAGGAGCUCGAUGGCCGCCAGAUCAUCGUUGAAGUCGCCAAGGCGCCCGAGCAGAAGGACAAGGACCGCAAGGAGAAGAAGGCCCGUCGUCGCCCUGGCCGCCGCGGCUCCAAGGCCGUCCCCGGCGAGGUUACCGACGCCGAGGCCGCCGGCGAGACCGCUGCCGAGGGCGACGCCGCGCCCGCGGACGGCGAGAAGCCCAAGAAGAAGAAGUCCAAGAAGGCAAAGAAGCCCAAGACUGAGGGCGAUGCCGCUGACGGCGCUGCGCCCGCUGACGGCGAGGCUGCCGCUCCCAAGCCCAAGAAGAAGAAGGCGCCCCGCCCCGCCCGCGCUCCCGGAGAGGAGCCGACUGGCGAGCCGAGCAAGACCGUGCUCUUCGUCGCCAACCUUGGCUUCAACAUCGACGAUGCUGGCCUCGCCGCGCUCUUCACCGACGCUGGCAUCAAGGUCAACAGCGCCCGUAUUGUCCGCCGCCGCUGGGGAAAGCCCCGCAAGUCCAAGGGCUACGGCUUCGUUGACGUCGGGGACGAAGAAGAGCAGAAGAAGGCGAUUGCCGCCCUUGAGGGCAAGGAGGUCGCUGGCCGCCCGAUCGCUGUCAAGAUUGCCGUCAACACCCAGGAGGCCGAGGAGGAGCUCAAGGGCGGCAAGGACGAGGCCGCCGCCGCCGCCGAGCCUGAGUCCGUCGUCAUCGCGUCGUAA